AUGUACGUAAGUCUAAUUAUUUUAAUCCCGAUGUUAAUAUGUUUGUGGGUGUAUUUUUUGAUACUUGUUAGAGAAAGUAUCAUUGCAAAAUCGUCCACUUCCAUACAGUUGAAUAUUAUCGACGCCCCGGGUAUACCGACAAAAUAUUGGGCAAAAAAUAGUACCAGUGGUGAUAGUAUAAAGGGUGGUGUGGUUCCGAAGAAAAAGAAAUUGAUACAUGUACCGAAAUUUAUGCUUGAAUUGUACGAGAAGAACAAAAUCGAAGGAAAUGCAAAUACAAGGCCUGACGUUGUAAGAAGUGUCAUUCCAACUCAAACAGGGCCAAUCUAUGGAAACGAGAUUUUAGAGGAACUGUCAGACAAUCAUCUACUAAUUUUCGAUCUUCCAACAACGAACGAUGACGAGAAGUUUAUAAGAGCAGAAUUAAAAAUUCUCACUCUGUUAGAUGUUAACACUGAUGACGAAAAAGGUGUAAGAAAGAUACUGAAAGUAUCAGUUUAUGACGAUCAAAUUAAAAAAUUAUUUCACCACCAAGAAACUCAGAUUCAUCACGUAAACAACACAUGGGUGUCGUUUGAUGUCACAGCCCCCGUAAAUAAAAUUUAUCAAACCAAUUCCAAAAGCAAAGUCUUGAAAAUAGUAAUUUCGAUAUGUGCGUUCUUUCCGAGUAUUACAAAAAAUUUAAAACUCUCUCUCAUGCCGAUACAAGAGGAUUUCGAGCACGACUAUCCUGUUCUGUUACUCUCCUAUUCUUCCAUGAAAGAAGGUACUGAUAGUAACAAGAAAUUGUUAAACAUUAAGAAAAACAGGAAGAAGAGAAGUUUGGAAGACGAUUAUGAAGAGGAAACUAAUAGAUUAUGGGACGACGAAUUUUCUAAUAAAAGGGUGCCUGUAAAAAAGGUUAGGAAAAGUAGGAAUACUUGUAGAAGGAAACCUUUGUAUAUAGACUUUUCUGAGAUAAAUUACGAUGUCUGGAUUGUCCAGCCCAGUGGUUAUGAUGCAUAUCAGUGUCAAGGAAGGUGCUUCUAUCCCGUUGCAGAACAUUUGAAUCCCACCAAACAUGCCAUAGUUCAAGCCCUCCUCCACAGCGUAGCUCCGUCAAAGGUAUCCAGGUCGUGCUGUGUUCCAACAAUAUUGGACUCAAUAUCGAUUUUGUAUGUAGAUACAAAUGGCGUUCUAACCUACCGGUACGCUUACAAGGAUAUGGUUGUUGUAGAAUGUGGAUGUCGAUGA